CGAUACUGAACGAGAUGAUCUAUCGUGACUUCGCGCCUUUACAAGGUCGAAUCAACAGCAGAAAGUUGUCCAACAACUAAUAUUUCCAUCUCUCAGGAGAAAUAAGGGUAAAGUCGUCAUGUCCAACAAUCCAGGCAAGCAGAUCAAAGUCGGGAUUCUUGGUGCGACGGGUACUGUGGGGCAGCGUUUCAUCACUCUGCUCUCAAAACACCCAUGGUUCGCCAUCCAUGCACUUGGAGCAUCUUCAAGAUCGGCUGGGAAGCCAUAUUCACAGGCUGUUAUGUGGAAGCAGACGACUCCCAUACCAACUGUCGUCCGCGAUAUGAUAGUGCGCCAGUGCUACCCAGAGCACUUUGCGGAGUGUGCUAUCAUCUUCUCUGGUCUUGACGCCGAUGCAGCUGGAGAAAUAGAAUCUGCGUUCAGAAGCGCCGAUCUCGCCAUUUUCUCUAACGCCAAAAAUUACCGCAGAGACCCCUCCGUACCUCUGAUCGUCCCCCUCGUAAACGACUCUCAUUUAUCCAUCAUUCCCCAGCAGCAAGCGCUGCAAGAUCCCCCACUCAAGAAGGGAUUUAUCGUUACCAAUGCCAAUUGCUCCACGACGGGCUACGUUAUACCCCUUCGCGCCCUGGAGAAGGCAUUUGGACCCAUCGAAUCAUGUCUGGUUACUACUAUGCAAGCCAUCUCUGGUGCUGGAUACCCAGGUGUUUCUAGUCUUGAUAUCAUUGAUAACGUCGUGCCCUACAUCGGAGGCGAAGAAGAGAAAAUGGAGUGGGAAACGCUGAAAAUUUUGGGAGGGAUCGCUGAUGGAGAUGAUGGAAUGAAGACAUUUGAUAUGCACGCACGUCAUCCAUUACGCGUAUCCGCAUCGUGUAAUCGAGUCCCGGUCGUUGACGGGCAUACGAUGUGCGUCUCUGUACGGUUUCAGCAGAGACCGCCUCCCAGCCCGCAGCAAGUCCGCGAGGCGCUGGUGGCUUAUACUCCGGAGGCACAGUCCAUUGGGUGCCCUUCUGUUCCUGUCCAUGCCAUUUUUGUGCAUGAAGAACCGGAUCGCCCUCAGCCUCGGCUGGACCGAUAUUACCAAGACGGUGCUGGCGUGUCAGUGGGAAGAGUGCGCCAAUGUCCCGUUCUCGACAUAAAGUUCGUUGUCCUCGCGAACAACGUCUCUAUCGGAGCAGCCACGAGCAGCAUCAUUAACGCGGAGCUCGCGGUGUUGAAAGGGGUUGUAAAGGUGGAGUAACGGGGGCGCGCCCAUGCCGCGUAGCCUGAACAAUGUGCCAGAUCUAGAAGUUCGGCGGUCUUGCACGAUAGUAGAAAGAUCAAAUAAUAGCUUUAUGUUACUGCGAGUAUAUUAUGGGCGAAAGCAUUGGUGACUGGUACAAUUGUAUACUGCAGGUUAGUGCGAUGAUGACGUUGAUACAGUAUUGUAACAAAAAUGUGAGCAAAACAUCUUGAUCAACCAGCUCGGGAGGAACGAUCGCGAUUCAGCUGUACAAAGGUCUCUAUCAUGCGAUUCAUAUUACCCAGUCCUGGCGUUUCGGGAAGCCAUUCUCCGUUGUUGACACAAAGAAUCUUCAUGCGCUCGUGAUAGUCUAGGUCAGGAAGCAGCUUAGGGGUGAUCAAGAAGUAUUGUGCGCUGUCAGGCUUGCAUGUGACCUCGACC